AUGUGGCCCAGAAGACCUCGAUUACGAACCAGAACUCUCAUAUAUGCUGCUUUAAUUAAUAGUUUUAUUAUUGUUCUUCUUAAAGUAAUUCUCAAAAGACAAGAAAAUGGAUCCAUUGAAACUGAAAGAGCUUUAUACAGAACUCCAGCGAAACAACACGACACGGUACACGUAGCAAGUAUGUGGAAGUCUCCACUCAGGUUUGUCGAAGGGACUAUCUAUAUAGCUACCAGCGUAUGUGGAAAUCGCUUAGCAGAAGCUCUAGUGAUGAUUAAGAGUGUUUUCAUAUUCACAGAAACUCCAACGCAUUUUAUUUUUUUCACCGAACUCGAGCUGAGACCUCCACUUGAACGUCAGCUCAAAAUUUGGCAAAGGUUGCAACCAAAUAUUUCCUAUACUUUCCGGUUGGCCAGCUAUCCCGCCAGUGCGAAUGAGUCCAGCUGGAAGCUACUCUACAGACCGUGCUCCACUCUAAAAUUGUUCCUUCCGGACCUCCUUACCGAGCUAGAUGCUGUGCUAGUGUUAGACACAGAUGUUUUGUUUCUCAGGUCACCAAAGGGGUUUUGGGCUCACCUGUACCAAAUGAGGCCAUUUCACUUGAUGGGUCUUUCUGAGGAGACACCAUCUGCUUCCCUUGGUUGGUAUCCAAACCACGUGUCUGCGUUCAAGAUAUACGAGGAUAAAGGAGUAAAUGGGGGAAUCUGGUUGAUGAAUCUAACACGGCUACGACAACAUAAUUUUACUCGAGAGGUUUUACAUAUUUACGAUCAAUAUGGAGAGCAUAUUGACUUUGGAGAUCAAGAUGUUGUCAGCAUCUUUUACGGUCGUCGUCCAGUAUUUAAUAUGGCAGUUGUCGAAUUUCCCACCAAAAGUAGACAAUGUUUCUGUACAGGUCCUCAAGUCUCAGGGUCGAUGAUGCCUGCUGGGGAAGUCCAAGCUGCAGUUCGUGGAGAGUUCUUGUCUUAUGUUUAG